CCUGUCCGUAUACGCUAAUGGCUUGGUUGCCUGUCAGCGACGAGGUGACGAAGGAUAUUAACAAAGUCCCCAUUGCUCACCCUCAAAGGAAUCAAAACUCUCCUACCAAUUCACACUACACGAAGUUCCCAAAAUGCCACAGACCGUAGUGCUCAUCCGCCAUGCUCAAGCCCUCCACAACGUCGAUCAGGACUGGAACAUUCAUGAUCCCGACUUGUCUGCACUGGGCUUAGAGCAGUGCCGAGAGCUGAGGGAGCAUUUGCUGCAGCGUUUCGGCAAUGAGACGGAUGCUCUCAUCAUCGUUAGCCCGAUGAGACGAACGAUUCAGACCGCUCUCUUGUCUCUAGACUGGUUGAUCAAAAAGGGUGUGCACAUACAGGCCGAUGCCCGAUGGCAAGAGAAUUCGGCGAAACCAUGUGACACGGGCAGCAGCAUCGCCAACCUGAAGGCCGAGUUUCCCAGCGUCGACUUUUCCACCGUAGAUCGUGUAUAUCCAGAUAAGACGUCUCUUUCUGGAGCCGAAUAUGCGUUUACAAAGGAAGCCAUCAUGAGGCGCGCUCGGGCGGGUAUUCGUGGCAUUCGCGAGCGCAAGGAAAAGCUCAUAUUUGUCGUUUCCCAUUCCGGUUUCUUGCGCCUUGGUGUAACGGGAUACUGGUUCUUCAAUGGAGAUUAUAGAAUAUUUGAGCUAGAUGAGGACGAAAGCAUCGACCAGCCGCCAAAGCUUAGGCAGCUAGAAUCGACCCUCAGGGGUGGGCUCGGCAAAUCUUGGACUGAUCCUGUUGUCAUUGGCUCUGGAUUGCCAGCUCCCGAAAUAUAUCCUGAAGAUAAGACCAGUAACUAGCGCAAAUCGUGUAGAUAUCAAGUAGUGCGUUGCUGUAAAGA